GUUUUUCCAUCCUUCAUCGUACAGUUUCAUGCUUGGCCAUGCAAAUCGACCUUUGCACCACAUGGCUGUUAGCGGCUGUCCUGUUCGUGGGCGCGCUCCGCAAUGAGGAGGAGCAACACAUGCGCCUGGAGCUGAGCGCAGCAGCCGCAGAUCCUACAGCC